UUGGUGUAUUCUCAAGACUAAAAUCUCAUGGAUUCUGAAAUGGCAGGACCAUCUGGCAUUAGGGCAAUGACUCGUAGAGAAAUAUUUGACUUGAUGAGUGCACAAAAUCGCCUCGAUAUUAACGAGAAGUUAGAAUUUGUCGAAAAUCAUUUGGCAACAUUGGAGCCUUAUAGCGACGAACAAAUUAAGGAAAUAAAGCAUAAAUUUACAUAUGUGAAGUCCGAAAUAAAGCGUCGCUGGAUUGCAGCAAAACAACGACCAGACCUAUUCGGAAAAAAUAAUCAGACAUGGCUAAGGGGAGUGUUUGAGUUGCCAAAGGUACAGACAAAGCCAGGACAACCGAAAAAGUUAUUUGAAGAGGCUAGCGAACGAACUAAAAGACGCAAGACUGAAGAACUUCGAUUGUCUGAUAGUCCUAAUAAAAUUAUUUAUGCAUUUAUCUUAAUUGAACCAAAAGAUAGUAUUUUGAAACGAUUUUCAGUGAUAAAUAAUUUUGGCCAGGUAGAUCCAGCCAAUACUCCUCUGUGCACCGGAUUCUUAAGAGUUGUCUAA